UCACUAAAAGACUAUCUUCCCGCCUACUAAUUGGGAAGCCAUGAUUCCAGAAUUCCCACUUCCUACUGUAGAUGCUGACUUCUACAAAUCGCAAAUUUGCCAGUUGCCCCCAAUAUUCGGGCACGCUGUGCACACACCUCAGCUCAUAGAGCCCACAACAUUUUUGAUGAAAACUGACAGUUUAAUUGUUGAUUCUCUCCGAACAACAUGUCUCAAAAAUGCAGUCAAACAAGCUUCGAUCCGACACCACAACUUGACAAAGACAUCAAAGCCUUUGAGGAGUACUGUAGGAUCCAUGAACGCAUUGAGCUCAUUAUCCUCUUUAAUGGGCUCACUUGUCAUCACACAAUGAUUUCAACAACUCUUCAACAUUCUUCAUAUUCUUCUUGACACGUGUUUGCUAGGAACGUUUCCAUCAAACGAUCAGUUGGUAGAUUCUUCCUACCAUCAUCAUCAUACUCUCUUCGUUUCAAAUAUUUAUUCUUUUUUCUUCCCCCAUCUAUUUACCCAUGUUGUUUUGACUGAGCUAGUCUCUCCUUAUUUUACUCGCUUUCAAAACUUCUCUUAAAAUCCUGUCGAUCUCAAUUUUGAAACUUUGCCACUGAUCUCACACUUGGCUUCUCACGUUUUUUACAUUCACAACUUCAUUGUUCUCCCCCAAUUGAAUUGUCUCUCGGUCUUAUUUUGUGCAUUUCGAAUUCUACCGUAAUUUUGGUCGUAGCAGCCAAUCAGUGGCAACACUAAUAAUUAUAAUAAAUCAGUUGUUUU